AUGAAACAGUCAGAAAUAGAAGAUGAAAGUGAUGUGACAGCAGCAUUCUCGAGAUUGACAUUUGGUAUUGACAUUUUGAACAAGCAAAUUCAGGAACAAGUUACAGCCAACUAUGAAAUACUGCUAAAGCAGUCGGUUGGAAUAAAAGAUCUCGAAAAGGUCAUUGACUCGAUUCAGACAGAUAUCAACAACUUGAAUGAAUCUAUGCAAAAUCUUGCACUCAAGAUCCGAUACCCAUAUGAUCAAUUAUCGACCUAUGCGCGUCAAUUCGAAAACAUGCAAACGACGUGUGAUCUCUUGAGAAAAUUAUAUCGAUUUACGAUCCUAAAGCGUCGAUUAGAUGUGCAGGCAGAUACACCUACAGCCGCAUUAAUUUUGUAUGAGCUUGAGACAGUGAUCAAGGAAUACGAUUUUGACGGUAUCGAUCUUGUUACACACGCGAUUCCAAUGAUUCAACAAUCUAGGAAACGGAUUGAGCAAGAAGCGAAUAAUCUCUUGACGGAAGGAAUCGAUCAUCAGAAUCAAGCAAAGAUGGCAGCUGGUCUGCAAGUGUUGUUCAAUAUGAAACAGGCGGGCCAAAGAGUACAGCAGCUGGUUAAGAAUAUGUUGGACGAUUUAGUACGACAGAUUAGACAUGUUGUCGAUAUACAGUCGACUCAAAAGAAUACCAAUAAAUAUCAGGAGCAGCAGUUAUGGGAACGUAUGGAAGCACUGAUGAAAACAAUGGGUGAUCAAUGUAUCAAGAUAUACAAUCUAGAAAAAGUAUUGGAAAUCAAAAAGGAUCCGUUGACACAAGCAUCCUUUUUAGAAGAAGUAGCCAAGACAUUAGAUGCCAGUAGUCUCGUCAGCUAUUUCUGGCAAGUACUCUCUGCAAAUUUCGAAAAGGAAUUAAAACAUGCAGUCAGAGGAUCUACCCUGCUUCACACUAUCUUUGUAGGGGAUUAUCCUAAACUGCUCAAGCUCUUGCAUGAUUUUUUUUCGCGCCUUGCCUUAAAUAACGGUACUCCACUUUCAGAUUACUCUCAAACACCCGAAUACGUGAUUAUGCUUCGAAGCUUUCAUGCUUUUCAAUCUGGAUUUGUUACCAAAUCAAGACAAAGGAUAUUUGAUGCAGUUAAUGCAGCUUUCCCUGUCUAUGGCGCCUUAACCAGGUCGCCUCCUACACGAACUAGUGCCGUCAAUCUGACACGCGUGAUUGGACAUGAAUUAGAAGUAGCAUCUAUUGAAUCACACUUGUCUCAAGAAGUUGCUAAAAAUGCAGUGAAGGCAUUGAGUACCUUUUGUACAAAAUGUGAACACUUGGUUAGUAUACUUCCAACAAACGAGCAGCUGAUAUAUACCAAUAACAAUAGUUCUGUGACAUCUAACUAUCUAAACAUGAAUAUUGAAGUGACAAACCUACUUUAUUAUAUUCACCAAUCCAUGUGGAAAGUAUUGGAAGAGUACCCAGAUAAGAUUAUUGAGAUUAUGAAGCAAGGAGUAGAAAAAGAUGCAGAACAGGUAUUAUUAAAGAUGCACCAGGAAAACUUUGCAGGUCAAAUACGGCGAAACUUUGAUCCAACCAGCAAUGAAAAGAGCAAUUAUAUGAAAGAACUAGCAAACCAUGUUCGAUAUUAUCAUUCUCAGAUCCUUCAACAUUUUUCAUGCGGAACAGAGCCUAAAUCAUGGGCAAAGGAUAUUAGUCAGUAUGUAUUGCAAGUAUUCAUAUUUCAAGCGAGUCUCAUUCGACCCUUGAGCGAGGCUGGCAAGUUAAAGCUUGCAGGUGAUAUGGCCGAGCUUGAGUUUAUGAUCAGCCAAUUCCUUAGUGAAUAUGGAGCCAAGAUGGAAGAAAUAGGAGCUUCCUAUAAGGCCCUGAGAACGUUUAGACCCUUGCUCUUUUUAGAUUCUGCGCAAUUAACAGCCGCUCAUCAUACAUCGGAUUUAUCCAAGUUAAUCUUGAUACAUCACCUCAUUGUUCGAUCGAACCAUAAAGGAUUACCUCUGCCCUACAGUGUAUACGAACUAUCGAGGCAAGAAUACAUGAAAUGGAUUAUGAAUAACAGUGAAAAGGAAUCGGUUCAGCUUGCGAUUGAUGCGAUUACAAAAGGAAAUAACAAGUCCAAUGAGAUACAGGAUAUUCCUGAAUUUAAAUUAAUUAUGGAAUUGGUCUCGGAAGAAGAAGAAGAAAGCGAGAUGAAUUCGGAACAAGUUUAG